UUCUUGCUGUGCAUCUCCUCAUGAUGAAGGCGGAGCGGGUCGCUGUGGACAUUCCUGUGUAUGAUCUCUCACUGAUCCGGGAACUGUGGGAGGGACGAGUGAAGAAACACAGGCAGAGGCAGAAGAAGGAGGAAGAGCGCAUCAGUAAAAGUGCUCUGGCCAGGGUGAAUCAGCAGUGGCAGUACCGUAUCGCCUGCAAGAAGCUAAAGAGCACAGAAGUGACGGCGCUGCACACUUAUCUGGAGAGAUCCACACUGCAGGAGCUGCACACACACACCAGCGACAGCGACUCAGAGAGCAGCAAGUUGAUCUUUGAGCUGAACGGACAGAAAUGGAUGAAAUUACCUGAAGAUCUGCAGUUCAUGACGUUCCUGCGGGAGUGGCACAUCCACGGCACCCGCAUCCCGGAGAUCCCCUCCUACAUCGAGGCGUUUGUGGAGCUGCGGGUGCUGGACGUCCCCAAAAACGGCCUGAGCAGACUCCCAGUGGAGAUCGGUAAACUGCUCAAUCUGAGGGAAUUAAACGUCAAUUAUAAUAAACUGCUGAGCAUUCCUGCUGAACUGGGCGAGUGUGUGAAUCUGGAGCACCUGGAGAUGACCGCAAACACACACCUGGCGGAGCUGCCCUUCGAGCUGAGUAACCUGAAGAAACUCCAGCACCUGGACUUGGCAGAAAACAAGUUUCCCAGCAUCCCCAUCUGUGUGCUGCGCAUGGAGAGCCUGAAGUGUCUGGACAUCAGCAAUAACGCACUCAGAGACCUGCCUGAGGACAUCGACAGGCUGGAGGCUCUAGAGAUGCUGUUCCUGCACAGAAACGCGGUGCGCUACGUGCCCAUGAGCACCAAUAACCUCCUCCAUCUGAAGAUGCUGGUGAUCAGCGCAGACCAGCUCUACAGCCUCCCCUCACACCUAGUGGACAAUCCCAAAAUCAAAUUAAUCCGCUUAUAUGACAAUCCUAUAAAAGCUGAGGAUGAAGAGGAGAUGAACAUGGAUGCAGAAGCUCAGGACACGCAUGAGAAAGAGUUCAUGAAGACUUACAUUGAGUCUCUUCAGGACAGGGACACUCAGCCUUCAUACACCACCAAAGUGUCUCUGAGCUGCCUGCUGUAGAAGCACAUCGACUGCAGAUUUACACCAGUGUGUUUCAACCACGCCUGUGCUUUAGUCUCUCAUUCCUCGUGCAAUCAGAAGUGCAGCGUCAACCAGCUGUUUGAGGGUUUGGAUUUCUUCUGUAGCAGUGUUUAAGUCGCUCUGGAUUAAAGUGUCUGCUAAAUGACUAAAUGUAAUGUAAAUGUGUUUAAACGGGUCAUGAGCUGAGAAAUCUAAACUGCAUUUGGAUAUAGAAGAGCUUAUAAAACACACAAAAAUGAUUUUCUUAGAGGUUUUGUGUUGUUUCUGGGAUGAAUAUUUAAGAUUUCUUAAUAAAUAUUGUUUUAUUUUCAGAAUUAAGUGAGUUUUUUUCCUUAAAACAAGCUUAACAAUCUGCCAAUGGAGUAAGCUAACUUGUUUUAAAGAAAAACUCACUUAAUUAUGACUUCUUUAUUAUUGUUAUUAAUAGACAUUAUAUUGGAUAUUGUUAUCCAAACCGGGAGGAGGCCUCAGGGAUGACCCAGGACUCGCUGGAGGGACUAUGUCUCUCAGCUGGCCUGAGAACGCCUCGGGAUCCCCCCGGAGGAGCUGGAGGAAGUGGCUGGGAUAGAUGGAAGUCUGGGGUUCUCUCCUAAGACUGCUGCCCCCGCGACCUGGCCCCAGAAAAGCAGCAGAAAAUGAAUGAAUGAAUGAUCCAAAUAUCAAACAAUUUUAAUAAAUAUUUAGACUAGAAACAAGACAAACUCAUUAGAAAAGCAUUUUUGUAGUGAGAGUUCUGAAACAGCUCCUAAAAAUGACAAUUGCUCAUCAAUUAUGAUGUUUUAAUAUAAAAAUCUGAGAUUAUAAGUAGAGAAAAUGACUAAAUAAAGCAGUAAAGUAGUUCAUGACCCCUUUAAGAAAAGACAUCAGUGAUUGUUUUGAUUUAUUAUUAUUCUUUCUAGAUCCCAGACCUAUUUGGAUGUGCUUUUCUGAGUUGAUCUCCAUUGUUUAGUUUGAUUUGAUGUGACCAAACGCUUCCCAGCAUGAUGACGUCAGUGUUUUAUUAUGCAUAUCACCAUCAUCAUAAAGUGUAAUGUAUUGUGAUUAAAUCUUUUUCAUGCACUUCACCCUCUGCUAUUAUUAUAAUGCAACACAAUCUGUAGCCAAUCCUGGUAUCUGAAGUGAUUUAUUGAAACAUUGAUCAAUGAAAAGCUCACUGGUAACAAACGUCAGCAAAUGCAUGCUUCAUGUGCACUGAACGCAUCGCUAAAUCAGCAGUGUUGGGGGUAAUGCAUUACAAGUUACGUAAUAAUAUGACUAAUAUGAGUGGCCAGUAAAGUAAUGCAUCAGAAAAAAAGAUUAAGCCUCAGCUAAAGUAAGCUAACGUAACGCAUUACUUACAAUGAAAAGUAAUGCAACUAUAGCUUUCUAGAGGAGUAACUCAAUAUUGUAAUGCAUUAACUUUUGUCAUGAUACGUAAAUAAUACAACUUGAUUAUGAUGCAGUUUAACUUUCCCCAACACUGUCAGUAAAACCUCCUUAAACCCACGACUGCAUAGACAUGAAGAAUGGCACUGAAGCCCACUUAUUCAUUAAAAACAAAGUGCAGUUCACUGGAAAACAUUGAUCAAAUCAGUUUGGAGCUUCUUUAGUCCUUAUGUGGGCAUCUAUAGCACCGACUGCAUAAACACACUGCAAUAAAUGCUUUCUUUACUUAGAGCUUGUCUUGUUUCUAGUCCAAAUAUAUAAAGAUUCUGAAAUCAAGAAGCAUUUUCUAGACAAGUGAACAUAUCGUCUUGUUUUAUAAAUAUUGCGUCAGAAUGAAAUGAAAUUUUUAAUAAAACAAGCUAAAUCAUCUGCAUCUGAAAUAAUCUUGCUCUUCCUCUUGAUGUAAUCAUUUUGCUUGUUUUAAGGGUAAACUCACUUCAAUAGGACUCGUUAAUUAUGAAAAUACAACUUAUUUUUUUGAUUUAAGAAUUUUUAGAUGUUUGGACUAGAGACAGGACAAAAAAUUAAGCAUAAAAACCAUUUUUUUGCAGUGCAGAGUCUAAUCUACACUUAUUUUCAAGUAUGCAUAUUAAUAAUAAUCAGGUCCCCAGAAUUGGCAAUUAAAACACUUGCUCUUCUGUGUGCUGCUCAAAUGCAUCUGUAACGCUACAGACAUUCAAACAUGCAUCUAAACGCAGAAACUAACACAGAUUUAGGAGUGUAGCUCAUUGUUAACUGAAAAAAAAACAAAAACAAAAAGAUGUUCAACUCAGUGUUUCUGUUUCAUUUUCCAGCCCAAUUAAACAAAUACAUUAAAAUGCUAAUAUAAUUUAUUUACUGAAACUUUGCAAUUUACUGCAAAAACAACAACAAAAAAGCUUUUCAGGUUUAGAAUUGGUCUCGUUUUAAUUCCAAAUAUCUAAA